GUCCUUUCUAUUUUGAUUCGCGGGGAAAAAACAAGCCAUCUUUGAACGAAGAUCUUGGCACCAAUGGCGGUAGCUACAGUUGAGGAACCCAUGCUUUACAGGCUUGAUCGUCUCGAUAACAUUGUGAGGCAAUUGGAAGAACUAAGAGGGGGAAAUCGAACUCCAAAGAGCUCAAACGCAUCAACACCGUCAAGCUGUACACUAACGAGCGAAGGUCAAGCAUCAUCCCUUGAAUUCUCUCCGAGGAGCUUAGAGAAGCACUGCCGGCCGAUGGAUGACGUGAUCGUGGAGACCGGAGUGAAGGGGACGCUGAUCGAGAGGCUAAUCCACGUGGAAGAGCGUGUAGCGAAGUUGUGUAUGCAGUUGGAAGAGGAGAUAGAAGCAGAGAAAAGGAGGAGAGAAGAAGAGAAGAAGAAGGAGGUGGUGGUGGUGAAAAAGAGAGGCUUAAAGCAAUUGCUCAAAUCUUGUGUCACUGCCAAUAAAUCAACACCAUCGUAAAUCCAAUUUCUACUUUGUUUCUUUUUUGGGGUUUUUGUUGAUGUAUGGAUAUCAUGGACUCUUUAAAUUGAUGCCUAAUUGUUACUUUAUUUUUAAUUGUUAGGGUUAGAGUUUAUGUUGCAAA